GGAGUACUCUGUACUCUUCACCGCUGGCUCCGUGAAUUUUCAUGUUUGUUUCGCAUUUGCGAAAUUCUUGCAAGAAUCUGCCGAGGGCUGUUACAAUUGGCAGCGUACUGUGAUCAGACAGGGAACAGCAGGUCAGUUGAAACGCGCUAAGAAAUGGACGGCAAAGGGACGAAGAGGAAAGUUGAUGCGGACGCGGUGGGGAAUGGCUACCAGAUCCGACAUUCGACAGAGCACCCCAUCAGCCUGGAACACUAUGGUUCCCCGUGGACUGGAUUGGUCUCUGCAGGCGGCAGCGCAUCUGCGCAGCAGCCUGCCCGUCUUGCUGAACAGCGGCAGCUGGAAACGGGAGUUUUGAACUUACUUACCAAUUAUCAGCUGACCAACAUGGACGCGACGGACAACGGAUUCCUAGCGUGCCGCGCCACGUACACGUUUCAGAUGGAUCUCCAGAACUUAAAGUCCGCGGCGCUAAAUGAUUUCGGGCAGGGGAAAUUGCAGCGAGUACGUGUGUCAGGGAUUGGCAACGAAAUUUCCCCCUUGCCAGCGUGGCUGGAGAACGGCGUUGGACUGCAAGUGUUCCGUUGCGACAAGCCGACAGCUCUUCUCCGAUGACGAGCUCGAGCAUGGUUUCGAGGUACCAUGGCGGGCCAGCAUCCAACUGGAGCAAGUUCCGGAUAACUGCAUAUUGACGGAGGUGCAGCUGGCCUUCAUUAAUCCGUAUGAAUGCCCGACCGUUCAUGUUGAAAUGAAGGCGACCAACACUCAAAGCAUAGGCUUCAUCAACAACACACUGAAGAACAUCGACGGUCAGACCUACUCGAAGUGCUGUCAAGAACUGGGUAUCUUCCGCGAAGCCUACUGUUUCAUCACUAUGCGUGUGCCGCUGCGGAGCUUUCUAAGGAAACUGCUUACCGCCUUCCGACGGACCAUCCCGUUGUGUCCAGCACCAGACGAGGUUAUCACGGUGACGGAAGGAGCGGAUAAUGUGGUGCUGACGCGGCAGGGCAAGAUAGAGAUUGAUCGUCAGGCCCUGGCUGGCAUCUCUUCCGCAGCGCGUGCCAUGUUCGCAGUCGGAGCGGCGGGAAAAGCCAGUUCAUACGAUUUGGACUACAGUAAGGCGGCCGUCCUGGCAGUGCUGAGCGCGGCUUUGCUCAAACAGGAAUCUCUGCCAGGCGAUCCGCGCCGAGCGGCUCCGUUCUUCCUGUACGAAGUGAUGAAGUUGGCGUUAAGUUGGGAUAUUCCGCAGCUGAAACUGUGGACGCAGGUAGCGUUUGUGGAGCGCUUAUGUCAUCCGGUCGCUAAUCUGGAACAAAUCCCCGUCCUGGACGCGGUCCGCAUCAUUCACGACCAUGCCGAUGGGAAGGAGGUGGGCGGUCGGAUGGUUCUGUGUGGACUGAUCUGUGUGCUGCGCAUCCUGCAUUCACCGACCGCGCAUUGGACCCUUGAUGAACUGCAGCAAAUAAUUGAACCGAAAUCGGCGUUGUGGAAGAGCGUUAUCCAGCCGACGCGCUGAAAUGCCGGAUCCAGGACAUGGAAGGAC